AUGUCGCCUUACGUCUCAAACACAAUAGAGUUGGGCAAAAAGAGUCACUCACCGACAACCAUCCAGCUGCACAACCAGGUCAUAACCGUGUUUAAUUUCGGUCUUAUCGUUUAUCAUCCAACCCCUCGUCUUGGGAGUCGUGCGCCCGCUGCCACGGCUGCCCCGGCGCGGAAGCCUGUUGUCGCAGCACCGCCCAAGAAGCGCAAGACUGCCACGGCCAACCCCAUGGUCAAACCCAAAAAGGCGCAGCCAACCCCCGCCGUCCGUCUUCAGCGCACCGCCACAGACACGACGUCCAAGCCAAAGGGCAAGUCUACCGCGCCGCCUGCCUCCAAGAUCAAGUCGGCCGAGAUUGUCCACUCGUCCGACGAGUCCGACGGCGAAGUCGCGAGCUCGCCCGCACGCCAGUCGCCUCCGCCCGAGCGCAGUCAACACCAUGACCACGACGAGGACGACGCCGAGGGCGAGUCGGAUGACGAUGGCGGUCUUGAGAUUGAAGUGCCCGAUGCACGCCCACCACGGCGCAACAAGGGCGCAUUGGCAGCUCUGGGGCUAGGCCAGAAUCUCGGCGCAGGCUAUCUGCGCUCGCCGUCCAACGGCCCUAUAUCUCUCGCCAGUGCCGCCAACAGCGACGUCGAGGGCUCGCCAAACCCCCACAACCGCAACCGCAACACGCAAGAUGAGAUUGACUUUGGCGACCUCGGGGGCGACGACGCAGAAGGCGAGGAUGACGAUGACGAAGACGACGAUGAUGACGACAACGAAUACAACGACCGAGACAUUGAGCCCAUGGACAUUGGCCCGCCCGCACAGCAAGACCGCAAAUCCAGCGUGGCGGCCGAGAUGCCUGCAGACGACGAUGAGGACGAUUUGGAAGAACUGAUGAGAAGGGGACUCGAGGGCGGAGACAGCAGCGAAGAAAGCGAAGAGGAGUGA